CCGGCGGCGCGGACCUUGGCCGCGGUGGGGGGGAAAGCCGCCUUGAGGCCGCUCUAGCCGCGCCCUUUUCGGCUGCUCCGCCGGGGGCCGGCAGCGCCGCGGGGGUCCCUCCAAGAUGGCGGCGCAGAGGAGGAGCCUGCUACAGAGUGAGCAGCAGCCCAGCUGGACAGACGACCUCCCGCUGUGCCACUUGUCCGGGGUGGGCUCGGCGCCCAACCGGACCUACGCGGCGGACGGCAAGGCCGUGGAGAGCCACCCACCCGAGGACAGCUGGCUCAAGUUCAGGAGCGACAACAACUGCUUCCUGUACGGGGUCUUCAAUGGCUACGAGGGCACCCGAGUCACCAACUUCGUGGCCCAGCGGCUGUCGGCGGAGCUGCUUCUGGGCCAGCUCAGUGCCGAGCGCACCGAGGCCGACGUGCGGCGGGUGCUCCAGCAGGCCUUCGACGUGGUGGAGAGGAGCUUCCUGGAGUCCAUCGAUGACGCGCUGGCCGAGAAGGCCAGUCUGCAGUCCCAGCUGCCCGAGGGCGUCCCCCAGCACCAGCUGCCGCCGCAGUACCAGAAGAUCCUGGAGAGGCUGAAGGUGUUGGAGCGGGAGACGUCGGGCGGCGCCAUGGCCGUGGUGGCCGUGCUCCUCAGCGACAAGCUCUACGUGGCCAACGUGGGGACGAACCGCGCUCUCCUGUGCAAGUCCACGGUGGACGGGCUGCAGGUCACGCAGCUGAACGUGGACCACACCACGGAGAACGAGGACGAGCUCUUCCGCCUCUCGCAGCUGGGUCUGGACGCGGCGCGGAUCAAGCAGGUGGGGGUCAUCUGCGGGCAGGAGAGCACCCGGCGCAUCGGGGACUACAGGGUCAAGUACGGCUACUCGGACAUCGAGCUCCUCAGCGCCGCCAAGUCUAAGCCCAUCAUCGCGGAGCCCGAGAUCCACGGUGCGCAGCCCCUGGACGGGGUCACGGGCUUCCUGGUGCUCAUGUCCGAGGGGCUGUACAAGGCGCUGGAGGCCGCGCACGGGCCCGGCCAGGCCAAUCAGGAGAUCGCGGCCAUGAUCGACACCGAGUUCGCCAAGCAGACCUCGCUGGACGCCGUGGCGCAGGCCGUGGUGGACCGGGUGCGGCGGAUCCACGGUGACACCUUCGCCAGCGGCGGGGAGCGCGCCAAGUUCUGUCCGCGGCACGAGGACAUGACGCUGCUGGUGCGGAACUUUGGGUACCCACUGGGCGAGAUGAGCCAGCCUGCACCCAGCCCUGCCCCAGCCGCCGGGGGGCGCGUGUACCCCGUCUCCGUGCCCUACUCCAGCGCCCAGAGCACCAGCAAGACCAGCGUCACGCUGUCGCUCGUCAUGCCCUCCCAGGGCCAGCUGGUGAACGGGACGCUCAGCGCCUCCACCCUGGAUGAGGCCACGCCCACCCUCACCAACCAGAGCCCCACGCUGACACUGCAGUCCACCAGCACGCACACGCAGAGCAGCGGCUCCAGCUCCGACGGGGGCCUCUUCCGCUCCCGGCCAGCCCACCCGCUGCCCCCCGGGGAGGGCGGUCGCGUGGACGCCUACGUGGACUUCGCGGAGUUCUACCGCCUCUGGAGCGUGGACCAUGGCGAGCAGAGCGGGGCGGCCGCCCCGUAGCCUGCGGGGUGCGGCCCAGGUGCUGGCUCCUGCCUCAAGCACCG